AUGGACUCCCCAUGGCAAGCAGAAGAGCUAACAAUCCCCAAAUUCCACGAACUACUCCGUAAAGACCCCUCCAAUGGCCCAAGGCUAGUAAAGAAAUACCUCUCAGCAAUCACCCAGCACAACGGGACCCUCAAAGCCCUCAUCAGCAUAAACAGCACAGCCCUAGAAACCGCUCUCCAAAAAACCACCACAACACUCACCUACAACCAAACCAACAACCCUUUCCCAGCCCUCCACAGCAUCCCCCUAAUCCUAAAAGACAACUACAGCACAACCGACCAACCAACAAGCGCCGGCGUGCUCGCCCUGCAAAACCUAAAAACAACCACCGACAGCGCCGUCGUCGCGCACCUCCGCGCCGCAGGCGCAAUAAUCCUCGCCAAAGCUAACCUCCACGAAUUCGCCCUCCAAGGAAUAACCCGCUCCUCGCUCGGCGGGCAAACCCUGAACCCGCACGACAAGACCCGCACCCCGGGCGGAUCCUCUGGCGGGACCGCCGCGGCGCUAGCGGCGGGCUUCGGGCUGGUCGGGUGCGGGACCGACACGAUGAACUCGCUGCGCUCGCCGGCGUCCGCGUGUGGGGUUGUGGGGUUCAGGCCUUCGACGGGGAGGGUCUCGUGUGUGGGGAUUGUGCCUGUUUCGCGGACGCAGGAUGCGGCGGGGCCGAUGGCGGGGUGUGUUGGGGAUGUGAGGAUUUUGUAUGGGGUUAUGAAGGGGCCGGAUGGGGAUGGUAUAUCCUCUUUGGGGGUAGAUGAAGGGUUACCUCGGAGGGAGGAUCGACAGGUUCGGAUUGGAAUCUUGGAGGCUUAUUUCCAGCCUGAAAUCUGUACAGAUGAAUCGGAAUCGGAAGCGGAAGCGGAGUAUCUCGCCGAGAACGAGAUCGUGCAGGAUGUUAUCCGCUCGAGUUUGGAUUCGAUACAGGAACACGAUGCGGAUAUCAUCUUCGUGCCUAUCGCCCCGUCCAGUCAUCCGGACUGGAGUCCUGAAACCCUGUUCGCGAAUGGCGAUACACAGGCUUUCGAGUUCAAGCACUACCUAGACGAGUUCCUGCAGUCGCCGCUGGUUUCGUCGAUACCGCACCGAUCUCUGGAAUCCAUUGCCCAGAGCGGCGAGUUCGAUCCUCAUGCCGUGACGCAUGUUUUCUCUGCGGCAUUGGAAGAUCCAGAGAGGUUUUCGCUGACGAGCGAGGCGUACCGAAGUCGACUGGAGUAUAUUGCUGCUCUCAAAGAGUCUGUGGCGGAAUGUUUUGAUAGAUACGAUAUCGACGCGCUGGUGUAUCCGCACCAGAGACGGCUUCCUGUGAAGAUUGGUGCGAAGAAGCAGUCUGGGCGGAAUGGUGUUUUGGCUGCGUUGACGGGGAGGCCUGCUAUUUGUAUUCCCGCUGGGCGGAGUCCUAAAACUGCGUCUGCUGCGCUUGGUGUUCCAGUUGGGUUGGAGCUGAUAGGCCGGCGUUGGGGAGAUGAUGAAUUGCUUGAUAUUGCGGAGCGAGUUGAGGGGAUUAUUAAGGGCAGAGUGGUACCUGUUAUUCAUUGA